AUGGCUGAACUUUUCGACUUCGAGCUUUUGGACUCUGCGGAGGAUUUUGUGAUCCUGGGAGAGGAUCCCAUGGAGCAGGAGGUGGCAGCCGCUGAGACUGCCCAGAUUGCAGCUGAUCAAGAUGAGACGGCCAUUUUGGCCGACUACGUGAUCCCCGCGGACAAGACCCCCGCUGGAGCGGGACUUGGAGGCGAUGGUGAGCCCCCUGCGGAGGCCUCUGCUGGGCUUGCGAGCCCUACCUCGGCUCCUCCUCCUACGGCAUCUUCCGUGGUGGCUGAGGAUCCAACGGCGGUGCCAAGCAGCCCCAAACGCCCCCCGGAUCAGGCGGACGACGCGGGAGUCCCGGCAGGUGCCCCUGGCCCUGAUACUGGGAUUCCGGCUUUGUCGCUGCUGGGCAAGCAGCUGCCGCCGGUGCCUUCCUCGACUUUGCGGACGAGCCUGGACACUGAGGUACCGAUGGAGCAGCGCUUGCAGGAUCCUGUGACCUACUCCUUCGCCCAGGACGGGAACAUCCUUCUGACCAAUGUCAUGGCUGGCCUUCCCUGCCUCCCGAAGAAACUGGCGCAGCCGCUGCGGAGCAUCCAGGUGGGGGAGAUCGUUGAGCUUUGCCUCAAGUUCGACGUUAACAAGCUCACCCCGCCGGCCUUUGCUCGCAUUGUUGAGGUCUAUGCCAUCGCCAAGGCCAAGCACUUGGCGCAGGAGAUUUGGGAGGCCAAGCACUUGCCCAAAGGGGCGCGCUCCAUGGAGAAGCUGACGACCCUCCCGGAGGUGGAGGACAAGCUGCCCUACAUGUGCGCCAGCUGCUUCACGAGCUGGAUCUUGCCGGCCGCCAAGAAGUGCCUCCACUGUGGCUCUACGGAGGGGAAGGUUCCGACGGCUCUGCCCUCAGCCUCGGUGACGGUGGAUGGCGUCACUUGGACCAUGACCUUUGAUGCGGACAAGCAGCUCCGCUGGCAGUCAGAUGCCCCCGAUUUGGGGGACAGGCCCUGGAGAGUGGUCUCUUCGAGCCGGAGCGGGGGGGUGAUGGCGGUGGACCAGUUCCAGGACGUGAAGGAGGCCUACCUGCGCACCAGGGAGCUCAUCAAGCAGGGUGCCUCAGGCCCUGAUAUGGGGGGUUUGGGCUACCACAAGGGCGAGGUCCGUGCAUAUGGUGGGCAAUGGACGACGGCGCCGGGCCCAAUGGUUGUCCCGGAAUGGGCCUCCAAGAAGGUCGACGCGGAGGCGGUCUGGGCCUUGGAGCGUCGCGCACACCCCUACAACCUGAACGUCCGCUGGGGCGACUUGGUGGAGUACACCUCGCAGGAGAUUGAGGGCCACAUUGCGCGCAAGAAGCGGCCGGCCAUUGAAUCGGUGGUGGGCCUCUUCUGGGCCCCUGGCGAUGAUGGAGCGGACUGGCGCUGGCGCCGGGACGUCUCCACAUGGACCCUGCCGGUUCUACUGGGGGUGCUGGGCUAUGAGUACACCCUGAAGGAGUUGUACAACAUCUGGCGCUUCCUUCCGCUCAUCGUCCAGCCCCAGGUGAGGGGCCAGCGCAGCGCGGAGAAGAACAACCAGCAUGCGGGCCCCCCCUUGAAGCCCACGAACCAGCAGGAGUGGAAGCUGCCCUACCGGGAGAUGGGUGCCUACUUGGCGGCCAGCAGCUUCACACACACGCCUCCCUCCAUCAUGGACCUACCGCCCGCUGCCGUCCGUGACAGCAAACAACACAUGAUUGAGCGGGCGGUCUGCGACCAGCGAAUCACGCUCCCCCUGGCGGCCUUGCGAGAAGUGGACGCAGUCUACGCGAAGCUCCUCCCGCAACUGACGGAGGAGCAAUGGUGGGUUGGCAAGGUGCCUCGGGCCCUGAUAUGGCGGGGGCACUGCCGGAUGAGUACCUUCCGGGGUCCGGGCAACUAUCCGCCUCUCACGGUGGAUGGUGUGGAGUCGAUUGCGGGCUCGGACUACAAGAAGAAGCAGUUCAAGGACAAGAACAGCCACGUCUUCUGGGGCCGCCUGGAGUGUGGCCUUAUCUUGAGCUCGGGGCGGCUAUGUGUGCAAGCAGUGCAAGGGCUUCUGGAAAUCCAAGCGGGGCUCCAGCCGCUUUGUGCAGAUCCAGGGCCGCCACAAGGGCAAGCGGGUGCUCCCCUCCGAGACGAGUGCUUGGACAUUGACCCCAACACGGUCAGUCGGCUUCGAUUCAGCCGGGUCAACGGCAUGGAGCACAUUUCGGACCUCCUCUGGGGCAUCAUCUUUUCGAACCCGGAGGCGGAUGGCAUGACCUGGCCGCGAA